AUGGUCGCCACUCGCCGUCCCAACCCUGGUCCCCAUGGGUACAUCAGGCCGCCCCUGUCAUAUCAGCACCCUUCCGAUACAUCCAAGUUGUCCGGUGCCGAGUUUGUCAGCCUCCUCGCGGCGGCAGUGGAAGCGGUCCAAGAGCGCCAUGUCGCACAGGUCUGCUCAAAUGUAAAGUCCACACACAGCCAUGCCCCGCCAGUGGGCAAUCCCACCACGGCGGCGAUCCCAGGACCCAACGCGGCUUCAGCACCCGACAGGAACGCCACUCCCGGUGGUACCCAUCCUCCUCGUCCACUCCCGACCUUUGACGCCCAAUCCUCCCCCUCUGGCGCCGACACCGCACUCCUAACCCGCAUUUCCCUCAACCGCACCUCGGACCCGGCGCGUCUCGCGGCCGUAUACGCCGCCGUGAGGCAUUUUGUCGGUACGCUCUGGGCCGCCACUGCGGGUUUGGACCUGGGUACGCCGAGUGGCGACGGCGCCGCGAGCCUGGGCAUCCAGGCGGCUCUGGUCGCGUAUGCCAAGAACACGGGCGACGCGAGUGUGGCCGUGUACGCCCAGAGCGUGUGGAUUUCGCUCGUGCCCGACGCGACGUUGGCGGCUCGGACCACAACGUCGUCUGCGUCCUCGACACGUACACACGAAAACAAGAAUGUGGCACACAACCCUCGUUCUUCACCUACCCACAACGACACGCCCGCAGGCGACGAGGAGGAGGACGCGGCGCUCAUGUUCCUCAACGUUUACGAGGACACCAGCAUCCCCGCCACUGCCCCCACCAACCAACCCCAAGCACCCAGCCAGACCCAGCCCCAGACCCAGACCCAACCCCCGGCGCAAGCGGCACCCUUCCCCCCUCCGGCCGGACACCGUGUCCACCUGCGCAUCCCCAGCACACUCUGGACCCAGCGCGGCAGGGACCCGGGACUGUGGUUUGGCCGGGUGCUGUGGUAUUCCGUUGCGGCCGUGUCGUCCACUUGUUCCCCGCCGCCUACCGCAUCUUCGUCGACAUCUUGA